AUGUAAACCAAAGCAUAAUAGUUAAAAAUAAAAGGAAAUGAAGCAUUUUAAAACUAGAAUUAUUUAUCUGCAAUAGAAUUUUACUCUUAAGCAAUAGUAAAUGAUUCUAUUAAUCUAGGAUGAAGAUCAUACAGAGAGUGUUUUCUUUUCAAAUAGAGCAAUGUGUUAUUAUAAUUUAAAGAGAUAUUAAGAAGCCUGUAAUGAUGCAACUGAGGCUUUGGAAUUAGAUGAGAAGAAUAUUAAAGCACAUAUGAUAGCAGGUUAAUCAAUAUGUAUGUUAGCAAAAGAAAGAUAGGAGAGCUCUAAAAUUGACACAGGUAUUCAAAGAAUAUUGAAAGGUUAUUUUAACUUAUUAUUUAUAGCUAGGACCUUAUGUGCAGGUUAAAAGAAAAUUGAAUAUGAAAAAGAUAUAGAUGAUAAAAUUAAUAAAGCUAAAAAACUUAAGUGGUUUAUUUAGUAUGAAGAGGAAAAAAUAAAAAAUUAAGAAAUUGUUUAAUAGUUAUAAGAAUUAGUAAAAAAUGAUGUUAAAUUAACUUAAUAAGAAAAAUAAAUUACAUUAGCAUAAAUUAAUAAAUACAUUACAAAUGAAAAACCUAAAUUAGAAAUACCAGAAUUUUUAUAAUGCCAUAUAACAAAUAAAUUACUUAUUGAUCCCUAUACAACAGAAACAGGAUAUUCUUAUGAAAAGUCAGUACUAUUCAAAAUAAAUCCUCUAACUUAAGAUCCUUUUACUAAGUGCAUUUAUUUACUUAUUAUAUUAGAAAACCAAUUAAUCCAUAAAUUAUAUAUCCUAAUAUAAAUUUGAAAUAAGCAGCAAGUGAAUUUUUAUCCAACAACCCUUGGGCAUAUGAUUAUAAUCCAAAUUAAAGCUUUAAGGAUAUAGAAAUAUGA